GCAGGAUCUGGUAUUUUGCAUAUUUUUAACAAAUGACUUGUUAUACCCCACAACCAACCGGUGUAGUGUAAACCAUCUGUCGCAAAUUCGUUCGCCCCACAUUUUGUGUUCCUAAAAAACGUAUAAAACUACACAGAUCCGAUAACUUGAUACAGCCAUGUUUUGGGUUACAUGUUUCUAUAGUAUUUUGGUGUUUUAAUUUUCAUAUAUUGAAGGCUCUAUUUUCAGCUAUUUUGAGAUAAAAAUGUACAUGAGUGGCCGCGUCUGUUCCAUGUCCUUUGUUUACCCUUAAGUUUCAAAGGUAUUAUAAGCAACUCCGUUAACACCAGGUUAUAGCGCUAUUAAAUUGUUAAUUGCAUUUAAAAGUGUUCAAGCAUCUGAGCACUUUAAAUUAAUGUUAAAGUUUGACGAGCUUGAUAUUGAGGGAACAUUAUGAUGGAAAUUAAAAAAAUGUACGUAUGAAAUUCGAUGUUUUUAUAUGACGAUUUCCAAUAACUGUUUUAUCCGUUAGAUGUACGUUAUAACCAGCCUUUUGUCAUUACAAGUAUUGCUUAUUUUUUUAAAUAAUCCUACCUACAAACUUUAUUUAAUGCUGUCAUCUUGACAAAAGCGUAAAUCAUCUUAUAUAAUAAAAUAAAAUAUCUAACUUAGACUAGGUAAAAGAAGUAAGGAAAACUACUUUAUAAAAAAAAAAAAAAACAAAGUAUAUGUAUUGUUAACCGUAUGUUGCGUCGCCUGUAAUUGAACAACUUUGAAUAAGAACCUUUUUUAUUAAAGGUAACAUUUUCAAUCAAUCAAAGUGAUCGAGACCGUAUUAAAGCUGAAUUGUGUUAAGUGACAUUGCGAAAAUUUAGAGGCUAGAGCGGGGUUUCGGCUAUGAGUGACGUAUAACUUAAUUACGGCAACGCUCCACAGUUAAGUUGGCCGCACGCCUCGUGCCAGCCGCCAGCCGAUAGCCGCCGACACUUCAAUUAUUUAGAUGGAUCCUAUACCAUCAUAAAACCAUAAAAUAGCUAAAUUAUUACCCCGCAGAAUCUCCAUUAUUUCUUACUUUAAUAGCAAAAAAUGAAAUCGAUUAUAGCAACUCGUUUUCCGACUUAAAAUCAGAUUUAUUCACGUAUGAUUGUAUACGGACCUUGAGAACGACCGGCGAGACCUUCGAGGCGGUAACCGCGCGGAAGUCGACGGCUAUGUUUUUUUGUCAAUUUCGAGUUCGCUGAGUUUAAGCGCGCAUUAUUCAGCGGGCAAGCUGCGAGACGACAGCGCGCGGCGCAUUAUCCACUGCACCGCGCUACUGCCGCGCCGCGCACCCGCCCACUGGCCGCCGCAAUGUCACUGCCUCCGAGCUCAGCCUGAGCUUGCUGACGGUGUUAUCGGUCGCUCGGUCUCAAUACUGCGUCUCAGUCCGCGAGCUCGUCACGUCCGGGGCGCAAAUUGAUCGUGACCGUACCCAACGCAACGAGUCUUACGAAUCUUGUGUACAGUGGUGCCGUGAAAAUACUUGAAUCGCGCAUCGCGUUGUAGUGAUGUGAGGAUGUUAGUGCGUAGCCAUGUCGGUGGCGAAGAAAGACAAGCCGACGAUGUCGGUGACGGCGUUGAUCAACUGGGCGCGGCCGGCGCCGCCGGGCCCUCAGCCGCCCGCCUCGCCCGCGCCCGCGCCUCUCACCAUGCUGCAGCCGCUCCCGACGCCCUCCACACUGCCCAACGUCGACUAUGAAGAAAUGCAAUGGCUGAAUCUGGAGGCGGGGUUCAUGUCGCCGAUGUCUCCGCCGGAGAUGAAGCCGGACACAGCGAUGCUGGACGGUCUGCGUGACGACGCCACCUCACCUCCCACGCUGCGCAAUUACCCCCCAAACCACCCCCUAAGCGGCUCAAAGCACCUCUGCUCUAUUUGCGGGGAUCGCGCGUCUGGCAAACAUUAUGGAGUCUACAGUUGCGAAGGUUGCAAAGGUUUCUUCAAACGGACGGUGCGGAAGGAUCUGACAUACGCUUGCCGUGAAGAGAGAAAUUGUAUUAUCGACAAACGGCAAAGGAAUCGUUGCCAGUUCUGCCGCUAUCAGAAAUGUUUGGCGUGCGGGAUGAAGCGGGAAGCAGUACAGGAGGAGAGGCAACGUGCCGCUCGGGGGGCGGAGGACGCACACCCGAGCAGUUCUGUACAGGAGUUAUCAAUCGAACGGUUGUUGGAGAUGGAGUCGCUUGUAGCUGAUCCCAGUGAGGAGUUCCAGUUCUUACGCGUGGGCCCCGAGAGCAACGUGCCGCCGCGGUACCGCGCCCCAGUCUCCAGUCUAUGUCAGAUUGGCAACAAACAGAUAGCGGCGCUGGUGGUGUGGGCGCGGGACAUCCCCCACUUCAGCCAGCUCGAGCUGGAAGACCAGGUGCUGCUCAUCAAGGGCUCGUGGAACGAACUGCUGCUCUUUGCCAUCGCCUGGAGGUCAAUGGAGUAUUUAGAAGACGAGAGGGAGAACAUGGACGGCACGCGGAGCGCCGCCACGCCACAGCUCAUGUGUCUAAUGCCCGGUAUGACGCUGCACCGCAACUCCGCGCUGCAGGCGGGCGUGGGGCAGAUCUUCGACCGUGUGCUGUCGGAGCUGUCGCUGAAGAUGCGCGCGCUGCGCAUGGACCAGGCGGAGUACGUCGCGCUCAAGGCCAUCAUACUGCUCAACCCCGAUAUCAGAGGACUGAAGAAUCGACUAGAAGUUGACCUUCUUCGGGAAAAGAUGUUCUCGUGCCUGGACGAGUACUGCCGGCGGUCGCACAGCGCGGAGGAGGGCAGGUUCGCGUCGCUGCUGCUGCGGCUGCCCGCGCUGCGCUCCAUCUCGCUCAAGAGCUUCGAGAGCCUCUUCUUCUUCCACCUCGUCGCCGACGCCAACAUCAGCGGCUACAUCCGCGAGGCGCUGCGCAACCACGCCCCGCCCAUCGACACCAACUCCAUCAUGUAGGCCCCGCCCACGCGCGCCCACGGACACGCCCACGCGCCCACAGACAUGCCCACGCCCCCACGCUCACCGCACCACACCAACCUUACCAACGAUAUCUCAACACGAUCGAUAAUGCAUUUAUAUUAUGGACAAACAAAAAUAAUUGCCCCUUCAUAGCGCUACCCAUUUAGUCGCUAAAACAUUUUAAUUUGUUCAAAAAUUAAUAUUUUUUCGAACGUGAUAAAACUAGAAAUACUUCAUUAAAACGAACAUAUAGAAAAUCACAUUAUGUGAUAUUUUACUAUGUAUCAAUAUGUUUGAAACUCGUGUGAGCGUCGGCGGGCGCGACUGCAGUUAGGCGGCAGUUAAUGUAUAGAGAAAUUAAUAUACAUAGAUAUAAGAUUACACAUUGUUUAUGCCAGUUUUAAUAUAAUAUAGUUAUGUAAAAUACACCAACAAUAUUUAUUUAAGACUUGAGCCUGAGGAAUGGUCGUUCCCAUGUUACCUGAUGGUAUUUAUUUUUUUAUUUGACAUUCAAUUUUUUGUCACAUCAUUAUGGUGUAUUUUAUGUAAUAGUUAACGUAUAAUUAAUCAUUACUGUGUUGACUAAAAUAGGCAGUUGUAGAUUUUUUUAAACAAUCGAAAGCAAAGUCGCAAUUGUACCUGCAAAAUAUGCCUUUUUAAAAUUAGAAAUAUUUUAAAAUGUAAUCAGUAUAGCAAUUUUAUGAUAGAAAUUAUUUAACAGGAGAUAUUGUGGCGUCGGUUUUUAUAUGUCUAGUAGCAGUUUGUUCAUGUUUCUUUGAAGAAAAUUCGUUCAACAUUCCGCCACAACACAAAGCCUUUACAAAAACAGCUUUACGAGAGGGAUUUACCAACAUUUGUAUUUCAACUAUGGUUUAAAUGACUUCGGGUUUGGGAUAUAGUCAAACAAGGAUAUCUGGCCCGUUAGAAUAAAAAGCCAUCAAAUAAAAAAAUACAAAUGAAACAAAGAUCUUGCCAAUUUUUGAUAUUGACAAGGUGGCGCUAGUGAGCUGUCAUAAUUUAGUUUCUUAUUCCCACCGGGUCAGAUGUCCUCGUUGGUCUAUAUGUUAGAUCAUUUUUAAUGUUAUUUUGUGACAUUGGGACAGAAUGUGACAAGUGAGUUGUAUGAGGCGAGAGAAGCGAGGGAGAGGAACCGGGGCCGCCUCUUUAUUACCUAGUUGUAACGUUAUUAAUCCAAUUAGUCGUUCUUCUAUUAGGAAAAUGUAUUUCGUCACUGAGGUGUCGUAAGUUGUUAGGUUUAGAUAAUUAACAUUUACCAAAUCACAUCUUCAAAGCACCUUUAUAUGGUUUUAGAACUCUUAGUUUAAAAAUCGAUAGCUUGUUUGUUUACGAUUGAUUUUACACAAUUUACAUUUGUUAUGUACUAUUUUGGUGCUUUUGAGAUGCAUUAUCAUAUAGGUAUUUUUGUUAUACGGAAAUGUAAUCAUUUUCUAUGAGUCCGUUGCAAAACAUAAGGAACUGUAAAUAUAUCAUUGCAUGUACAAUUUUUAACUACAGUAAGUAACGCUUUAUGUAAAGUAAUAUAUUUGAAUGACGUCAUCAAGUUAGAAGUUGAUAUGAACAAUAGAAUGGCCUACUUGUUAGCUGUAAAUGUAGGCCAGUUUAUUUUUUUAAAACUAAAUAAAAAUGCAACAAAAAGUAAUGGAAAAAAAUCAUUCAUAUUUAUAGUGGACUUAGUAAAAUCAAUAUUGUUACUCAUAUAUUGGGAAGUUUUUGUUUAAACAAAACUUUUGCAAAUGAUUUGAGGCAAAAACUUAGUUAAGCGCUCAAGUAGAUAUAUUACGAACUCGAGAAAAUGUUUAAUAUUGGCAGAGCCUUAUAAUUGUAUUGAUAAUCAGUUGUUGAAGUUUCGGGUUCAAAUGCAAAUAAAUGUUGAUGUCUUGAUAUUAUUCUAUGGAUGGGUUUGAAUUUUACAAAAAAAGUUGCAGUGGUUGUGAGAUGAUUUAUAAUAAAUGUUUACUAAAAUAUCUGACUAAAUUUAAGUUAUAUUUUUUGUAUAGACAUACAUUAAGGCUUUAAGAUGGAGGGUGAUAAAUAAAUCAUCACAAUAA